CGUGUUCUAUCUUUUCCCUGCGCCUGUUGAAAUUAAAUAAAGACUUAUUAAUUAAAACUACCGCAAAAUGUCUUUAAUUUCGCGUAUACUAAACAGCAAUUUGCCGAUGCGAAUCAGUGCAUUGCGCACGUUGCAACAGUGCGGUUACUGCACCCAUGCCAAGUUUGCGGAGCACAAGCCCAUUGAACGCAUACGCAAUAUUGGCAUAUCAGCGCACAUAGACAGCGGCAAGACGACACUGACAGAGCGCAUUCUUUUCUACACCGGUCGCAUCGCUGAAAUGCACGAGGUGCGGGGAAAGGACAAUGUGGGAGCCACUAUGGAUUCCAUGGAGCUAGAGCGGCAACGCGGCAUAACCAUUCAGUCGGCCGCCACCUACACGCUGUGGAAGGACACGAACAUCAAUAUUAUCGACACGCCGGGCCAUGUAGACUUUACGGUUGAGGUGGAACGUGCUCUGCGCGUUUUGGAUGGUGCUGUGCUGGUGCUCUGUGCCGUGGGCGGUGUGCAGAGCCAAACGUUGACUGUAAAUCGCCAGAUGAAGCGAUACAAUGUACCAUGCUUGGCAUUCAUCAACAAGCUAGAUCGGAUGGGUUCGAACCCCUAUCGUGUGCUCUCGCAAAUGCGAUCGAAAAUGAAUCACAAUGCCGCCUUCAUACAGCUGCCCAUUGGCGUGGAGAACAAUUGCAAAGGUCUGGUGGAUUUAGUGCGCGAACGCGCCAUUUACUUUGAAGGUGAGCAUGGCAUGCAAUUGCGGCAGGACGAAAUACCGCAGGACAUGCGAGUGGAGUGCCAGGAACGGCGGCAGGAGCUUAUAGAGCACCUGUCCAACGCGGAUGAGACACUAGGCGAGCUUUUCUUGGAAGAGAAGCCCCUCACAGAGAAGGACAUCACGGGUGCCUUGCGUCGGGCCUGCAUCAAACGCACCUUUACUCCCGUCCUGGUCGGCACUGCUUUGAAGAACAAGGGCGUGCAGCCACUGCUCGAUGCCAUCAUUGAUUAUCUGCCCAACCCAGGUGAGGUGGAGAAUUUGGCUUUCAUUGAGCGCGAGGGUGAGGAGCCGGAGAAGAUUGUGCUGAAUCCGGCACGCGAUGGCAAGGAUUCGUUUGUAGGCCUGGCUUUCAAGCUCGAGGCUGGACGCUUCGGACAGCUGACCUAUUUGCGUUGCUACCAAGGCGUGCUGCGGAAAGGCGACAACAUUUUCAAUGCACGCACCAACAGAAAGGUGCGCAUUGCUCGUUUGGUGCGUUUGCACUCGAACCAAAUGGAGGACGUCAACGAGGUCUAUGCCGGAGAUAUAUUCGCCCUGUUUGGCGUGGAUUGCGCCUCAGGUGAUACGUUUACCACAAAUCCCAAAAAUAAUUUGGCCAUGGAAUCGAUUUUCGUGCCCGAACCUGUUGUCUCCAUGGCCAUUAAGCCCGUAAAUACCAAGGAUCGUGAUAAUUUCUCUAAAGCCAUUGCCCGCUUCACCAAAGAGGAUCCCACAUUCCGUUUCCAUUUCGAUAAUGAUGUGAAGGAGACGCUCGUUUCGGGUAUGGGUGAGCUGCAUCUGGAGAUCUAUGCUCAGCGUAUGGAGCGUGAAUAUGGCUGUCCUGUAACGCUGGGCAAGCCCAAAGUAGCCUUCCGGGAAACGCUUGUGGGACCCUGCGAAUUCGAUUACCUGCACAAGAAGCAAUCUGGCGGUUCGGGCCAGUACGCUCGCAUCAUAGGCGUCAUGGAGCCGCUGCCGCCAAACCAGAACACAUUGCUCGAGUUCGCCGACGAAACGGUCGGCACCAAUGUGCCCAAACAGUUUGUGCCCGGUGUCGAGAAGGGAUUCAGGGAAAUGGCCGAGCGUGGCAUGUUAUCCGGACACAAGCUGGCGGGCAUUCGUUUUCGGCUGCAGGACGGUGGUCAUCACAUUGUGGAUUCUAGCGAAUUGGCGUUCAUGCUGGCCGCUCAUGGCGCUAUCAAGGAAGUCUUUCAGGAGGGCUCCUGGCAAAUUCUGGAGCCCAUUAUGUUGGUUGAGGUGACGGCGCCAGAGGAGUUCCAGGGCGCAGUAAUGGGACAGCUGAGUAAGCGUCAUGGCAUCAUUACGGGCACGGAAGGCACCGAGGGCUGGUUCACAGUAUACGCCGAAGUUCCGCUCAACGACAUGUUUGGCUAUGCGGGCGAGUUGCGCUCAAGCACACAAGGCAAGGGAGAGUUCACCAUGGAGUAUUCACGCUACUCCCCUUGUCUGCCCGACGUGCAGGAACAAAUUGUGCGGCAAUAUCAAGAAUCGCAGGGACUACAGCAGCCCGAAAAGAAGAAAAAGAAGAACUAAGAUCGUAUCUAGUUCAAGUUGUAGCGUUAAAGUCGAAUGUUUUCUAUAGUUUAAUUGCAUCUUUAGUUUUUAACUGUGAUAAACCUGAUGAAGAUUUUUGUAAAAAUAAAAUCCAAGCAAAGUAGAAAA